AUGAGCAUAAAAGCUGUGCAUUUAAUUAGUCCCUCAAAAACUGUAGAAACGCUAAUUGAAUUUGUCAAACCAAUUCUCAGUGCAAAAUUAAGUCAACGUAUUCAAAUACACAAAGAUUUGAAAUCACUACACCAGGUUGUACAAAGAGAUGUGUUACCAGAAGAACUAGGCGGAAAUGAGAGAUCUAUUGCUAAAUUACACAAAGAGUGGGUAAAUGUUCUUAGUUCCAAGGAGUUUCAGGAGUAUUACAGCGAAAUGAAAACAGCUUCCACAAAUGAAAAGUACAGACUGACAAAUAAACUUAACGAAGAGUAUAUGGGAAUAGCAGGCACAUUUAAAACAUUAAAUAUAGAUUAG